CAUGAUUUCUUCUGAGGUGGCAAUACUCGCUCAAAAUAGCGAACUAAUCAAAACAGAAUUGGGUUUCAAUAUGCGGCAAUGAUGUUAUGCGGCAUAAUCUUUUUAGAUAUUGUCCAGUUCAUUGUUGGAACUGUUCUGAAAAUCAGUUUUUUGAGUCUUUCAUAUGCUUCUUGAGUUUUAGCUGUUGCUUAGCUUUUUAAUUUUCCUGCCGUGGUCUCCAGUUUUUUACAUAUAUUAUGAAAUAUUAUUUCUGCACAAAAAAGUUUUGUUCAUGAGGUCAUCGUUCAAUAAAUGUUUCAUCAGCGUGAAUAAUGGUAUGAAAAUUAUUACAUUGGAUUUAAUGUUUGACUUUUAUCAUUACUAGCGAUUUAUAUGCUUGUUGAAAAGUCAUAAAGUAAUCUAGUGAAGUUGUGUAUCCAAUUUUGUUUAAUAUUAAGUGAAAUACGAUGGCGACACCUGCUACUACUCCUCGAACUCCAUUCAAGUUCGAUAUUUCGAACUUACUUCCAGAAGGGCACGAGAAAGCUCUUAAACAAGCAUUUUAUAACGUCGCUGCCACUGUUUUUGUGGUGUUUGUUUCUGCUGCUUGUGUGGCUGUAUAUUAUGUAUUGGAACCUUUUUUGCGACCUCUGUUAUGGGCCGUUCUAUUUGGUUCUGUGCUACAUCCUUUUAAACAUGGUAUGACAGUUGUUUUAAAGCGAUGGUUGCAAUCUCUUCAGGUUUCUGGGACUCCACUUACAGUUGGGGCUUUAACUUCACCAUUCUUCGUUAUUGAUCAUAUUUCAGAGCAAAUGUGGAAUUUUACAAUGCAGUAUGCUAUAUUAUUCAUUACUAUUGUUGGAUGUGUAUCUGUUUCAUUUUUGAUAUACAGUUGUGUGCCUGAUUUUAUGACACUUUUUUUUUAUGAUGUGUUAAGUCGACUACUUAAUGGUGCAUCUAUGCUGCUAGAAUUCUGUCAUGGAGCAACAUUGUUUGUUUGGACUGUUGUUGUUGGAUACAUAAUAAUUCUAUCUGUAUGGUGGACCCCAAAUACGAGGCCUUACUUAAUUUAUCUCUCGCCUAUAGUGUGGACUAUUCUAAUAUGUCACCUUGUUAGUAUUGCUGGUUCUUUACGUCUGACCAUACUUCUUGCCUUAGUAGCCUUAAUGGUAAUUGGCUUUUUAGCUGACAUAAAAGGACGGUACUCAGAUUCUGGUAUGUUAUUUCUUUAUUUUAUCAAAACUCCAAUAUCAGAUGAAUUAUCUCCGACUAAUUCACCCAAAAAAUUACCUAUAAUUGAUCAUAGAGAAAAAGAUAAUACCCAAAAUAAAGUAAAAAAUAAUACCACUGCAAAUGAAAAUCAAAAUCAACCCUAUGAUACUACUCCAACCAGCACCAAACUUACCAAAAUUGAAAGUAAUCGUUGGCGUACCAUGCCAAAGCAGCGUACUCCACAGAAAAGUCCAGAAGAUAAAUCGCCAAAUCUGGCUACCAUAAACCCAUAUGAAAUACUUCAGUCAGAAGUUACCCUAAAUGAUGACACAAUAGGAAAACUCAGAUAA